GUCAGAACAGAAUGUCAAGCAGUCAAGGCUCGAGUUGCAGAGAGAGAGAGAGAGAGAGGACAUGGCGGAAGCAGAGAGCAGCAGCAGAGACAGCAGAUGGUAUCUCAAGGGAAUGACCGCUCUCGUCACCGGAGGAACCAGAGGCAUCGGUCAUGCCAUUGUUGAAGAAUUAGCUGGACUAGGGGCGACCGUACAUACAUGUUCUCGAAAAGAAGACGAACUCAAUGGGUGCUUGAGAGAUUGGGCAAGCAAGGGUUUUCGAGUCAGUGGUUCGGUCUGCGAUGUAUCGUCUCGACCACAAAGAGAAAAGCUUAUAGAAACUGUAUCCUCUGUUUUUAGUGGCAAACUCAACAUCCUUAUAAACAAUGCUGGAACAAAUAUAAGGAAACCAACCAUAGAGUACACAGCUGAAGAGUUUUCAACCCUGAUAGCCACCAACUUAGAAUCUGCUUACCAUCUUUGCCAACUGGCAUACCCACUUUUGAAAUUAUCGGGAGUGGGAAGCAUCGUGUUUAUAUCCUCUGUUGCUGGUGUGGUGGCACUGGGUUCUGGGACUGUCUAUGGAGCAAGUAAAGGAGCAAUUAAUCAACUGACGAAGAACUUGGCAUGCGAGUGGGCAAAAGACAAUAUCAGGACCAAUUGUGUAGCACCAUGGUAUAUCAGAACCUCACUUGUGGAACAUUUGCUUGAUAAUAAAGAAUUUUUAGAUACGGUAAUUGCUCGCACUCCUCUUCGGCGGCCCGGCGAACCAAAGGAGGUAUCAUCCUUGGUGGCAUUCCUUUGCCUUCCCGCAUCCUCUUACAUUACAGGUCAGGUUAUUUCUGUUGACGGUGGGAUGACUGUGAAUGGUUUCUACCCAACACAUGACUAGAAACAGUAACCUGCAACUUUAUCUAUAUACUGCAGAGGAUGCUCCAAUUUUUUUUCCUCUUUAAAUUUGUCUAUGCUAUCUUUUGAUUAACUACUAUUAUCAGAGUACAAUUAUUUCUCCGACACCUAUAUUAUCAUAAACAAUUGGAAUCACACGGCUCAAAGGGUGAUGAUGCCUAAGCUCAAAAUAAAUCUGUUAUGUAAUGUAUAUCUACAGAGCAUCUUGAUCUGGGACAAGUAAAGGCGUUUUGGUAAUGCUUUAUGAUUUA